AUGCAACGUCCAAUUAGAAGGCCUCGGAUCAGACAGGACGAUGCGCUGAACGAAAGGGACGAAACCAACGCUCAGGAAGAAAUCGUUUUGUUUCAGGGUAACGCGAUGGAUACUUCAGUGAGUAUACUUCAGGAUUUUCCUGUCGCUCACAGCGACGAUUGCAGUGUGAACCAUGACAGUGUCGCCAUUCGUUUGCCACCGCUGGCGGACGUCGAGUUUCAGCAAAGACUCAGUGCUCAGGCCGAGUUGAUUUCUGGACUACAGCGGAGCGUUCUGGAAUUCAAGCAACGAAUAGAGAAUUUGGACUCGAACUCACAAGCUUUUCUGGCUGCCAGAUCUACUGGAGAUGCAGGAGCGCUUCUGAACGGAAUAUGUAUGUCUGAUAUCGUACGUUUGGGAAUCGAAUGGCAGCAGUGGGUUCACGAAUUCAAAGAACACAGCCUAAAAUGUCAGAGGGAGAAAGAGAGCUAUGUGUCUCAUCUGCGGAACGACCACGGGCGUUUUCUGGAACUGUGGAGGAUGGUACAGCAGUUGAGGCGCGAAUUCAGCAACGCCCGCUCGCUCACGUUUCGGAAUUUGUCCAGCUUCGGUGGCGAACUGCGCCGCGUAUCCAAAGAAACGUUCGUCGCCUGCCAUCGACUGAACAUGAAAUAUUUGCGAACAGUCGUUUCUAAGGGAAUCACAAAAAGAAGCAAGUCUAAAGUAGAGGCUGUUGACUCAGAAGUGCUGAUAUGCGCUGAUUCUUCUUCAGAAGAUUCGAAACAACAAGCCACUGCCUCGAACAACAUUUCAUCAGGACCUAGUUCAUUAGAAAGGCACCUCACUCACUUUCUGAUGCGCCUCAUCGACCUUCCGCAGAGUCCGGACGUCUAUUUCAUGAACAUGACGUAUUGCUUGUCAAUUUCGAUGCUACAGUUUGACAACGAAGGACUGGAAGUUGCGAUGGCAGAGAAGAACACGAUGCUUCAGCGGUUGUCGUCUGAAGUGGAAUCGGGAGAGCAAUUCCUUAGUGGAUGCCUCGCAUUGGCGGAGGAAAUUUUGCAACGCGAUGUUGAAACAAGAGAGGAAAACAAAUGCCCUGCAGAGCAACUCGAGGGUGAUUCUAAGUUCAAGGUGAUGCUGGCGCUGCAAAGCGCUUUAAAGAUGGCUCAAGAAAGGAAGCAAGCUUCCCAGAUUUCCGAAAGUCAACUAAAGUCGGCAAACGAUGAUGCAGCUGCGGCAAGGCAGGAACUGGACCUGACAGUAGAGAAAUAUGCGGAGUUGAAAAGAGACUUUGCAGUGCUACAAGAAAAAAUGACUGCUCUGGAGGAUGAGAAUGAAGCAAUCGUGAACGAACUGAAGAAAUGCAAGAGUGAUCAAGAAGUGGAUAACGAGCAACUGAAGCGACUGAAGACUAUGGAAGCAGAUUAUGAGCGAUUAAAAAUAAUUUCGCAGAAGAAGCAGUUUGAACUCGAGCGAGCCUUGCACGAACGAUCUACUGCUGAUGACAGAAUAAAAGUGAUAAUCGAAGAAAACAAGCACUUUCGUGAAGACCUUAGCCAAAGGUGCAGAACGUGCGAAAAUCUGACACGAGAUGUUGCCACGAUUGCUCAAGAGAAAGAGGGCUUACAGGUCGAAAUCCAAAGAUUGAAACGCGAAAUUGCAAGUGCAAACGACUCCCGGGAAUCUUUACAGCUAGAGCUGAACAACAGCGAACGUAGGUUUACGAUGCUGGUGGAAGACUUUGAAAAGUUCAGAGAAACCGAAGUUGACGGCGGCAUGGAACAUGAGGUUCAAGCCAUUGCUCGACAAAGGGACUCGCUUCUGAAACUGAUUAAUGAGCUCAAGAGCAAUAUCCAGCAGUUGACCAAGGAGAAAUCAUCAAACAAAAAGUCUCGAGAGCUACUUGAAAAGCUUCUUAGCGAAUCGCGCAACGAGAACCUGCGACAGUCAGCAACAAUUUCAUCCUUGAAUCAACAACUAGAGUCUACAGGCAAAAUUCAAGACCAGCUGGAAGUGCAGCAUCGAAAGGCGGAGGACGAACUUCGAGAGUUGCGCAAAAAGCUUAGUUGUUGCCAGCAGGCCAAUGCUGCUGGUGACGAAAGGCUCAAAUGUGUCAGUAACGAAUUGGAGCACUGUAGACUAGAUUUCAUUGCGGCAAGGGAGAAUCAGAGUGAAACGAUCAGGGAAAAAAACUCGUAUUACAAUGAACUGCUUAAAACGAAGGCAGAGACAUCAGCACUUCGACAGGAAGUUGAAAGACGAGUGAUGGAGAAGGCGGAGUUGGAAGCAACCGUACAGCGCCUGCAGCUGAGCUGCAAAGUUACUAUGGAAGAAAACGCGGUUAUCAAACAGUCUCUGGACGAAAUAAAAGACGGUAAAAGCGAGGAAAAAACAAUACGAUCAAUGCAGAUCAAAGCUUGCAUAGUUCCUCAGUAA